AAAGAAGUCUCUCUGCAAAAUCUAGGGUUUGCGUUUUUAUCUCGAAUUCAAUCGCAUCCUUCUAAAUUCACUUUAAGUUUCCUACAUGAAACCGCCGAAUACAUCUCAAAUCGUAGUGGGAUUUCUCUGAUUUUGUAUAAAUCCAGGGUUUGUGUUGGAUCGACAACAGUCAAUUAAGGUUUUUCUUUUUGGGAUUUGCUAAUAUGUUUAACAUCUCUUGCCUCCCAUCAUCAUCGAUUUCUUUACUCGCGAUUAAGCUUCAGAAUCUCCGUGUGUUUGGUCCUGGCUUGAAUCCUUUCGCACCCUACAACAUGGGCAAUCAUUCCUCCCGCUAAUUUUUUCGUUUUCGUUUGAUUGUUUACUCAAAAUCAUGUAAAAGAAGUUGUCAAGCCUUCUAUUCGAGUGGUUUUUUUAGUUCCAAUUACUAUUAUCUUGUUUUUAAGAAGCAAACGUUUUUAAUUGAUUUCUACACCAAGAUCUGUUCUGUUCUGUUUAAUUUUGGUAUACCCGAAAGGGAAAAGAAAAUCGGGAUAAUCAAAGGAAGAAUGACUCAAGAUUACUUAUUGGGUUCGGAUGGCCGUCGAAGGCGCAUCAGGCGCUCCAUCAGCUUUGGGAACGACAGGGACGACCGAGGCUGGACUAUGCUUCAUGUUGGUGCUCGAAGAGGGGAUCUUAAAGAGGUGAAAAGGCUCCUUAAUGAAGGAAUGGAUGCAAAUGUGGCUGCAUCGGGCCCCAAAUCGCAUGGGGUCACCCCUCUUCAUCUUGCUGCCAAGGGUGGUCAUGUAAAGGUUAUGGAUGAACUCCUUGAGCGUGGUGCUAAUAUUGAUGCCCGAACCAAGGGGGCUUGUGGCUGGACUCCACUCCACACUGCUGCAAAAGAGAGAAACAGAAAGGCAAUCAGAUUUCUAGUUGAAAAUGGCGCGUUCUUGCCAGAUAACAUGGAGGAUACCAGGUUUAAUCCGCCAGUCCAUUACUGCCCUGGUCUUGAAUGGGCUUAUGACGAGAUGAGGCGUGUUCAACAAGAGAGUGGUACAUCAUCAGGAGAGGGAUCUUACAGCUCCGAAAGCUAAGUCUCUUUCUGUCUCUCCCCACUAAACAAGUACACACAUUUCUCGUUCAGGAUGGUGAUUGAAUUUGCGGUUGUCUUCUUGAUUUCCAAUGCUACAUGGGUUUGAAAUUUGGAUAGGUUUAUUUCCAAUAAGUGAUGAUAUCUCCGAUCCUACCUCCCCCUGUGUCUGUGUGGGAUAUACUGAGUUUGUUUGAUUUUGUUUACUAUGGGAUUGAGUUGAGUUGAGUUGAGUUGGUUUGGUUUGGUUUGGUUUGGUUUGAUUUGAUUUGGUUUGGUUUGGUUUGGUUUAUGGUACUGGUAUUGCUAUUUUAUUGAGAUGUAUAUCCGUGGGAUAUUAUAUUGAGUUGGUUUGAUUUGGUUUAUAGUACCAAUGUUGCUGUUUCGAUGA